UUCACCUCUCUGACCUUGUGCGCCUGUACAUCAAUAACCUACCUAGGUACCUUACAGUACCCUUCCCGCCUUCAGUGACCGCACCGCAGCACGCCUCCAUCGCUCUAUCGCUCCUGCCCUCCGACCGACCCUCACCGCCGCCGCCAUGUCGACCGACAAGCCGCUUCCCUUCAUAUAUCAAUUCGCGGCCGGUGCAGUGGCUGGUGUCUCGGAGAUUCUAGUCAUGUACCCACUGGACGUGGUCAAGACGAGAGUGCAAAUCCAAGGUCGGGUGCCUGUGCCAGGCCAGGACUUCUACACUGGCAUGGGCGACUGCUUCAAGAAGAUUGUGGCCAACGAAGGCUUCUCGCGCCUGUAUCGCGGCAUCUCAGCGCCCAUUCUGAUGGAAGCCCCGAAGCGUGCAACCAAGUUCGCGGCCAAUGACGAAUGGGGCAAGUUCUACAGGAACUUGUUCGGCGUGGCCAAGAUGAACCAGUCCUUGUCAAUCCUGACUGGCGCAUCGGCAGGAGCGACGGAGGCUUUCGUGGUAGUGCCAUUCGAGCUCGUGAAGAUUCGGCUACAAGAUAGAGCACAAGCCGCCAAGUACAACGGCAUGAUUGACUGUGUAACGAAAAUCAUCCGCAACGAGGGCCCGCUUACGCUCUACCAAGGUCUCGAAUCUACAAUGUGGCGUCAUAUCCUCUGGAACAGCGGCUACUUUGGCUGUAUCUUUCAAGUGCGAGCCCUGCUGCCUGCCAACCCCAGCGGCGAUAAAUCCAUCCAGAUGCGUAACGAUCUGUUGUCAGGCUCCAUCGGAGGCACUGUGGGCACCAUUCUCAACACACCUAUGGAUGUGGUCAAGAGCAGAAUUCAGAACAGCACAAAGGUGGUUGGUGGAGUACCAAAGUAUAACUGGGCAUGGCCAGCGCUGGGCACGGUUGCGAAGGAGGAAGGGUUUGCUGCACUUUACAAGGGCUUUUUGCCGAAGGUGUUGAGACUCGGCCCAGGAGGUGGGAUCCUGCUGGUAGUCUUCACAGGCGUAAUGGACUUUUUCAGGACUCUGCAAUGAUGAUGCCAAAAUAGAUGUCGGCGCUUCGGAAAUCAGCACCUUCGUCGUAUCUAUACAUAUUGACGAUUCAUUUUGCCGCUGGCGGGCGGAACAUUAACUGCAGCGCUCGAGUGGAGCAGACCCGUCGGUAUGUACCGAUCAUAGUUCUAUGCGACUUUCCACAGCAAACAUGAUCCAUCUUUACGAGUGAGUAGUGGUGGUGGUGGUUUGCUGUGGUUACCUCUUUCGCACUCCCAAUGCAUCCAUGGUCCCUCGGC